AUGGACUUCCAUCAUCCUUAUUUUAGACUAAAUAAGUUUCUCUUGUCUGUUCUUGGACUUUGGCCUUAUCAAUCAAACGUUGAGAAAAUUCUUCAUAGAUGCAUCUUCAUCAUUAUUUGGGGCAGCAACAUUCCUCUGAUAUUCAGACAAUUUUAUGCUGUUUGGGGAAACCUCGAUGAAAUGAUUGACAGUUUCGUCAUCAUCACAAGCCUUGUUCUUUCUUUAAUAAAAUUAACCAGUAGUUUAUACAAGAAUAAAAAUAUGAAAAACCUUUUAGAAAAAAUCAAAAAGGACUGGCAGAUUUGGUCAAAUGAACCGGAAGUGCAAAUUUUGCAAAAAUAUGCUGAAGAAGGAAGGCAGCUCACAUUAAUAUACACUGUUGCGACUUAUUGCCAGGUUAUUUCCUAUCUUUGCUUCACACUUUCGCCGCAGAUGCUUGACUCAAUUUCACCUUUAUCAAAUGGAACCCGGCCUAAAAAAUAUGCUUUGCCUGAGGAUUUUGGCAUUGACCACGAGAAAUAUUUUUAUUAUAUUUAUGUAUAUAAUACUGCUUGUCUUUAUUUCAAUUUCACGAUAACGGUCAGUGUCGACUCUAUGUAUUUCGUUUAUGUGCAACAUGUCUGCGGAAUAUUUUCAGCAAUCGGACAUCGAUUAGAGAAUAUUAUAAAGGAUUACAAAUUGGAUGAUAAAGAACAGAUGGAAAAGAAUGUAACUGAAGAACUUUUUUUCUGCAUUACGCAACACAACAAUGUAUUUAAAUAUGCCGAAGAUAUAGAAAACACUUAUACAGUCUACUUCUUUUUUCUAACAGGAGUAAAUAUGUUUAUUCUAUCUAUCACUGGACUUCAGGUUGUGAUGAAAUUAGGCAGCCUUGAUGAUGUCGUUAAGUACACCAAUUAUACCAUUUUACUGGUGGUUCACCUUCUAUUUAACAGUGUGCCAGCGCAAAGAUUAGUCGAUCACAGUUUGAUGAUUUCCGAAUCAGCUUAUAAUAGUAGUUGGUAUCAAAUGUCAACAUCGAACAGAAAAGCCGUACUUUUUAUAAUAAUGAGGAGUUCCAAGCCAUGCAAAAUCACUGCCGGAAAAUUUUACGUAAUGUCGAUGGAAAGUUUCAGCAAGGUUAUUCGAACUGCAUCGUCUUAUUUUACUGUGCUCAUUUCAAUGCGAUGAGUUCUGAUUUAAUUGAUCCAAUUAUGGUAUUAUU